CCACCGAUCGGCGAUCUGCUUUCAGGCGCGCGCGGCACCGAAAAUUUAAAUAUUAAGAUAUUCAAAUUCGCAACGCUUUGGGAAAUAUCUCAGUGACGUUUGAUACUCUCUCUUUGCAUAACGCUCAGUAUCACUUGCAGCGUUAGGUAACCCAUGAGAAAUGAUUAAAUUAUCUAUCUUAUGUACCUUCUGCCAUGUAUUGGUACUUGGUUUGGUUUUUGCACAAAACGAAGGGCAAUCGAAUUGCACAUCACCGAACGGUGUGGUUGGCUGGUGCAUUGGAUUACGGCAAUGUCCACAGCUGUUGACUAUCCUUCAAUCCUCUCCGCCAGAAACUAUAGAAUUUUUAAGGCAAUCACAGUGUGGUUUUGAUGAUAAUGAUCCCCGAGUUUGUUGCCCGAUUCAAAACGAAAACGCCGACCUUUCAGGCGGAGCUGAUGGGGCGAAAGAAGCAAACUUGCAGUUCGAUCUGUCCAACAAUACUUUAUUACCCUCCGAUUGCGGCAAAGAUUUGUCUCACGAUCAGAGAGUCGUCGGUGGAGAACAUACGGAUAUCGAUGAAUUUCCUUGGAUGGCGCUUCUGAUAUACAGUACACCAAACGGAGAGACUGCAUCCUGCGGUGGCGCCCUCAUCAGCACCCGUUACGUACUAACGGCAGCUCAUUGCCUGCGGAGCAAGAAUAUGCCAAUCUCGUGGAGUUUGGUGAAUGUCCGCUUAGGCGAGUACGACACUAUCACCAAUCCUGACUGCGUCAAGGAUGACGCGAAUAGCACGGUUUGCGCUGACGAUGUUAUCACUGUCGGCAUCGAGAAACAAAUCGCUCACGAAAAUUACAACCCACUGAGCCCUGAUCAAAAAUACGAUAUUGCUCUUCUAAGGUUAAACCGCGACAUUCCAUUCACGAAUUACGUUAAACCGAUAUGCUUGCCAUCCAACGAUGCUAUAGGUAAUAAUCUGUUUGUUGCUGGUUGGGGAAAAACCGAGAAUGGAUUUUCCUCGAAUAUCAAGUUAAAAGUUUCUGUGUCGCUCGUCAGCAAGCAACAAUGCGAGCAGACAUACAGCAUAAGGGGAGUGACGCUAGGAUUCGGACAGAUUUGUGCCGGUGGUGUGGUAGACAAAGAUUCCUGCACAGGAGAUUCUGGAGGUCCUUUGAUGAGCGUGGAAAAAGGAAGUGAUGGUACCGGUCGAUGGACCGCCGUCGGUAUUGUCUCCUUCGGACUAACAGCUUGUGGCUUCCCAAAUUGGCCCGUCGUUUACACUAGAGUAAUUGACUUUAUUCCAUGGAUACUCAGUAAAUUGGAAGCUUAAGGCCCGAUACACACUAGCGGUUCGGUCCCGGUACCGGUCCGGUCUCGGUCCGGUAAAAUCUUACCGUACGAGUAGAUCCACACUAUUCGGUUCGGUACCGGUCCGGUCUCCGUUCGGUAAAAUCUUACCGUACCCAUACUGCCAUGCCACUUUCGAGCCGCUCUCAAUCUGAUAGUCAAUUAUAAAAAGUCUUUUUCGAUUGUACUUUCGGCAUUAGUAGAUGCAAAUUAUAAAUUUACUGCUGUAGAUACAGGUUCAUAUGGAAAAAAAAAUAUAUAUACAUAUACUGAUCGAAUUGAGUAACCUCCUCCUUUUUCGAAGUCGAUUAAAAAAUAAUGAUAUUAAAGAAUUUCCAUUAAAGAAAUAUUUAAUGCGGCCUUAUCUAGGAUCAGAAAGUAUAGAAGAUAUUAGAAAAAAAAAAUUUAAUUAUCUAUUAUGUAAAGGAAGAAGUGUACAUUUGGGAAAAAAUUGUUCAAAAUAUUGAUUGCUAUAACAUAUCCAGAAAUCAUCAAAAUCAGCGAGGAGGUAGUUGUUCUACAGUUUGACCAAAAUUACGAAUAGCGAAUGAAAAUAAAAAUAUCUUGCAUUCAAA